AUGAUCAGAAAAGGUGUUAAACCUAAUGUUUGCUUAGUUAAAGAAGUGAACAAGGCCAAGGGUAUAUUCAACACCAUGGCCCAAAGUGGAGUGACUCCUGAUGUUUGGAUCUAUAAUAUUAUGAUUAAUGGAUUUUGUAAGGUUAAAAUGGUGGAUGAAGCCUUAAUUCUCUUCAAAGAAAUGCGUUGUAGAAACAUUAUUCCUAAUGUGGUAACUUACAAUUCCCUUAUUGAUCGUUUAGGCAAAUCAGGGAGAACCUCACUUGCUUUGAAGCUUGUCGAUGAGAUGCAUAAUAGACGUCUACCACCUAAUAUUAGGUGCUUUAUGCAAAAACCAUCAUUUGGAAGAGUAGAGGAUGCGAGAAAUGUUUUUGAAGAUCUUUUGGUCAAACGCUACAAUCUAGAUGUUUAUACAUAUACUGUUAUCAUCCAAGGGCUUGUUUGA